GCAGGCAGCUGAGCCCCUUGGCAGCAACAGCGACUGGCUGCAGGAAGUGAUGCAGGGAAAAUUCCCAUUAAUAUCCACUCAAUAGAGAGAGAGAGCGAGAAAGAAAAAAACGAAGAAAUCAAAGAAACGCCGAGACAACAACGACGGUUCCGUCUCGCGCGGUACCUUCUGGGGCAGGGCUACGGGACAGCGUGAGCUUUCGGCUGAGGGGCCUGGGAGAUGGAAUCGUCCAGGAGAGGCGAAGAAAAUUAAAAGUCGUCAAACAAGAGAGAGAGUGAGAGAGAAAGAAAGAAAGAGGUGGAAACCGAAGGCGGAUAAGAGCAGCGGGACCAUGGGCUGCGCUUCCUAGCAGGAUACCUUAUCCGGAGCAGGGCGAGCAGCUGCUGAUGGCAUGUUGAGGCUCGCAGCUCGACACCGGUUGAGAGGGAGUUCAGCCUGAAGGUGGGAAGACCGCUUCUGAGCCGUUGCCUUUGAGCAAAAUGGGCCAGUGUGUCACCAAGUGCAAAAACCCAUCAUCCUCCCUGGGAAGCAAAAGUGGUGACAAGGAGCCGAGCAGCAAGUCGCAGGGUAAAAAAGGGACCAGCCACAAGGAGGACUUGAGCCCCGCAGGCAAGAGCUCCGGAGACCUGGCCAACGGCACCAAGAAGCCAGACAUGAGCCAGGAUUUCGCCCAGCCUCUGGCCUCGCCCGGGGACAAGGCGAUAUCCAACGGCGAGGAGUUUUCUUUGCAGCGGAUUGAAGAGCUAUUCAAGUGCUACAAGGAUGAGCAGGACGAUGCCAUCUUGGAGGAGGGCAUGGAACGCUUCUGCAAUGACCUCUGCGUCGAUCCCGCUGAGUUCAGAGUGUUAGUGCUGGCCUGGAAGUUUCAGGCAGCCACCAUGUGCAAGUUUACAAGAAAGGAAUUUGUAGAAGGCUGCAAAGCCAUCAAAGCGGACAGCCUGGAAAUGAUCCACGCACGGUUCCCGAGCCUCCUGGCCGAGGCGAAACUGGAGGACCGGUUCAAGGACCUGUACCGCUUCACCUUCCAGUUCGGCCUGGACUCAGAGGAGGGCCAGCGGUCGCUGCACCGGGACAUCGCCAUUGCACUCUGGAGACUGGUCUUCACCCAGAACACCCCGAGCAUCCUGGAGCAGUGGUUAGACUUUCUGACAGAGAACCCUUCCGGGGUAAAGGGCAUCUCUCGGGACACGUGGAACAUGUUUCUCAAUUUUACUCAGGUGAUUGGGCCCGACCUUAGCAACUACAGCGAGGACGAGGCCUGGCCCAGCCUCUUUGACACCUUCGUGGAGUGGGAGACGGAGCGGCGGAGAAAGAGGCAGCAAGAAGACAACGAUAAACACAGCGACUUUCCAAGCACAGAAAACGUGGAGGAGAGCCAGGAGACCUGAGCGCCGGCGGCACGGCUUGGCACAGCGGGUGUACUUUGGACUGUGGGCUUGGAGCAAACAGACUCGGGUCUCCCUCCGUCUCUCGCUUCACACUUUGAAGAUUAAUAUUAUUAUUAUUAUUAUUAUUAUUAUUGUUAUUAUUAUUUUUAAACAAAAAUGGGGGGGGGUGGGUUGUAGUCUUUCCAACACCCUUGUUUGCCUUGUCUUUCAAAUGGAAAAAAAAAAGGGCUCCACAAUACUGUAUCAUGUUUUAAAGGCACUUUUUCCCUUUCUUUUGUAUUUGAUAGAUUGAACUCCUUUUAAGAAAAACGAAAACAAAGAUUGAAGUUGCUAGAUUUUUAUUCUCCGCAUCCCCCCCCCUCCACCCA